CUCCCAUGUUCCAGGAUGUCCAGCUGCAGCAAGUCUCCCCCUAACUCUGGAGAAGCUGCAGGCUCUAACUCCAUAUCAUGGGUGAAGAUUUUCAAGAAACCUGGAGGAGGCCUGAAGAAGUCCUACCAGCCUGGGAGCAUGCUGUCUCUGGCACUCACAAAAGGUCUGCUGAACGAGCCUGGGCAGAAUAGCUGCUUCCUCAACAGCGCUGUUCAGGUGCUUUGGCAGCUGGACAUUUUCCGAAGAAGUCUGAGACAGCUCUCAGGUCACUUUUGUCUUGGUGAUGCCUGCAUUUUCUGUGCUUUGAAGAGUAUUUUCAGCCAGUUCCAGCAGAGCAGAGAGCGGGUGCUUCCCUCCGACAGCCUGCGGAACGCCCUUGCUGAAACUUUUAAGGAUGAACAGCGCUUCCAACUCGGACUGAUGGAUGAUGCUGCUGAGUGCUUUGAGAACAUCUUGGAGCGAAUUCAUUUGCACAUUGUUUCAGACACGCCGACUGAUGCUUGCUCAUCCAAAUCCUGCAUAACCCACCAGAAGUUUGCAAUGAUGCUUUAUGAGCAGUUUGUGUGCCGCUGCUGUGGUGCUUCCUCAGAUCCACACCCAUUCACAGAGUUUGUACAUUAUGUCUCCACCACUGCUUUAUGCCAACAAGUGGAUCGCUUGUUUGGGAAGAACGAGCGACUCAGGUCAGAUAUGUUUGGAGAACUUCUGCAGGCUGCAAACAGCACGGGUGACCUCCGAAGCUGCCCGAGUGACUGUGGGCAGAGUAUCAAGAUCCGCCGAGUUCUCAUGAACUGUCCUGAGAUUGUGACCAUUGGAUUUGUGUGGGAUGCUGAGCAGUCUGAUCUCACAGAGGAUAUCAUCAGGUCUCUUGGCCCACGUUUGAACCUGUGUGGGCUUUUCAACCGAGUGACUGAUGAAAAUGCCAAACAGAGUGACCUACAUCUGGUGGGAAUGAUCUGUUUUUCAAGUAAACAUUACUCAGCUUUCGCCUAUCACACCAAAUCCUCAAAAUGGAUGUUUUUUGAUGAUGCCACUGUAAGGCAGAUUGGGUCCAAAUGGAAGGAUGUCGCUUCAAAGUGUAUCAGGGGACAUUUCCAACCACUUUUAUUAUUUUACACUAAUCCUGAGGGGAGUCCAAUAUCUAAUGAAGAUGCACCAAGACAAACCACCAUGUGUCCUCGCUACAAAGCCCAAGUCAACGGUGACAUAACCAUGAAACAUCCCGUUGGUAGCCCUAGCAAAUUUCAAGAAUCUUACAUGGAGAAUUUGCAAAGGCCAGGUGAAACAUCCAAAAGAGGACAUCGGAGAAUUGAUCCAGUACAACACAAAGACGCACCACAUGUACGAUCCUCAUCUCCACCAGAGAAUGGGCCAAGGCUUCCUGUGGAAAGAGCAAAAACCUAUCCACGCACUGACAAGUCAUCAAAUCAUCCAAGCAGAGGAUCUCAGGAGCCACAUGGACAGUCCUGCAGCACUCAGAGUGGUGGACAAAACCGGAGAGGAAACACUUCCCCAGGCCGUUAUGAUCAGGAGAGCUGCCAUGAACAAUGGGAAAAAACUGGGAGUGGAGGAAGCCGAAAAAAGUCAAAGCCUACUUGGAGACCCAUCCGUGAGGUGUUGAAUGUGGACACUGUACUGAAUGAACUGGAGCAGCGCCGUCAACAACAACAAGACAGCCCCCGAUGCAGCAACUCUUCAUCCCAGGAAAGAGUGCAUGUAGAACAAGUCAGAGACCGCGAGCGAGAAUAUGCACGGGCCAGAGAAGAUCGAAAACAGAAGUGUUUAAUGACAAUUUAUGAGGACGAGCAGCGGCAAGAGACCGAGAGUCACAGCUCUGUAGAGUCGGAGAGCAGGGCCAGCCAACAGAGGGGCAGCAGACUUAAAAGUGGCCCCAAGACUCUGCUGCGUAGUGAGACAUGGACCAUUCAAAGAACAGAGUCUGGCUAUGAGAGCAGUGAUAGGCUCAGUAGUGGCUCCACCAAUCCUGAUUCACCUGGGGUUGAUGGCUUUGUUGUAAGACCAGACCAGAGAUCAACACCUGAGGUACAAUUGCAAAGCCAGCUGCAUCAAAAGGGAGGCAAUGCAAAAUCAAAUAUAAUGACCUCACCUUCACACAAUGGUAAACAUCAGGCCAAACCUCAGGGAAAAAAGCAUGACCAAGUUUCUCUUUCACAUCUGAAGUACAGCCCAAGUUCAAGACGAAAGUCAAAGUACACCUCUAACACUUUAAGAAAAGCAGUGUCUUCAGAGAGAAACUCUGCUGGUUCAGAAAACAGGCAGAGUGAGCAGCAUGAUCUGACGAACUGUAGAGGUCACAUUGCAAAAACCAGUAGUUCAGAGUGGAACAGCUCAGAUGAUCUCGCUCUCUCUGAGCCUGAGGACAGAGAAAGCACUUAUCUGUCCAGUAACAGUGAGGCCGCUGCCUCUGAUUCCCAGAGCUCUCACAUAUCCCUGCCAUAUCACCCUCCUAGUAAUGUAACUGGAGAACCUCUUCAACUGAACAACCAGCGUCAGCUUGGUACAACAGGGUCGCCUCACCUUCGACCCACCCAACGGAUGUUUCCUCACCAGGCUGAAGACAGCCACACAGUGUUUCGUCCCCGGAUGCUUCAAGAACCCUUUCCAUCUAGUCCUCGACUUUCGUCUACAUCCUACAUUAGUCCUCAUAAGAAGCCUGACAUGUCGGGCCUCCGAACCUUUUCAGAUGCAAGCUCAAAGUCAGGUUCUGACCCAGAGAGGGGUACCCAGUCUUCAUGUGAGAGUGAGGAAAGACUGACUGGGUGCAGAGUGGAACAGACAGCGCCACCUCAAGAGGUUUCUUUAACAACGUACUUUAAUGUGGAUAACUGUAUGACAGAAACAUACCGUCUCAAGUACCACAACCAGAGACCUCUUGUCCUCUCUGCUACGGUGCCACGGACAGCUACUGCUAGUGAGCGCAGAGAUAACAGCCACACACUCCCCAGUGACACACAUUCACAAGAUGUGCCAAAAGCCAGACCUGAAACAAGCCAUAAUAGCAAUAAACCCACUGCAAAAUGGAACCCAGUGACAGCCAAAGGACUGGAUGAGCGUGGUUUUUUAUGAUUGUUAACUUGGUAAGUUUUGUUUGCACAGUUACAGUAUAAUUGAAUGCCAAAGAGUUUACAGAAUGGAAGUAUGCUCCGGAGCCCCAACAUCUCCAAACUGGGUGGAACUUAUUUAUGCAAGCUUGUCACAUAAGAGAAACAUAUUUUGAAAAGCUGUUAUGCAUUGUUUGAUGGAUUAUCAACAAUCUCGUAUAUCUUCCAUUGUCCCACAGUGUUGCUGUUAACCAGUUUCAGUUUGUACAAAGGUUAUUUUUUUUUGUUUGUUUGUUUUUUUGUCUUUAUUUCACCUCUUGUCAAAUUUAAAAUGUUUCUAUUUUUUUAUUUAAUGCAAAAUUUCUGCAGUAGUGCUGCAGAAAUAAAGAUAUAUUAAAGGAAAGCAUUGAGAGAUUAUGGUGAUCCACCGAUGGUACAGUAGUUGUACAAGGAGGAGAGCAUCAGAGCAGUUUUUCAUAAAAAGGUAUGUUUUAGAUACUAUUUCUGAAGAGAUUCUACAUGAUGCAGUAAAAUCAUGGUUUGCCUUCUGAAUAGCAUGUUGAAGGUAGUUCAAUAGAUAAUGGAACCGGAUUGUAAAUCUUUUUUUUUUUUUUUUUUUUUUUUUUAGUGAAUAUCUGGGCAGCUUUAUAACUUUAUGCACUUUGGGGACUUUAUGUCACCAAAUGAUAGAUAUUGCAAUGGUUAUAUUUGUUUAGUGUACUGAUUUUUGUCUGCUGUUAUCAUUUAUCAACUCUUUUACAACAUAUAUGUGUUAAUGAAUGACUGCGGGCUGCCCCAAGUCAAUCACCAUCUUUUUCAUGUGAACUUGUUUGAUAAAGGUUGUGACUUGCUCAUUACCCUGAAAAGACAAACUAUGUAACAUGUUUGAUCAGAUUGUUUGGCUUUUUUUCAGUUUAUGACACUCUACAAAAUACAAUGUUUUUGGAGCACAUUUGAAUACAUAGAGCAGUCUUUAGGGUAUUCAGUAAAUCAAAAUCACACAACCUUGUGUAUUAUACUCUCAGUUGUCUUGUAAUUUUUAUUUAUUUAUUUUUUUUUGUAGGUUAUAGUGAUGUCAAAAUGUACUUUUCCAGUCUUCCCCUUUAAGUAGACAGAUUUCCAAAAAGGUUUAUAUUUGCAGGUACUUUCAUAAUGAUGCCACACCUUGCCGGAUACCUAACAUCAUCGGUAUCCAUACAAAUCAACACACUGGUAUUCUUGUUCAUAUCAGUAAUGUUCUGAAACAUGCAUGUGGCCUUUACAGAAUCAUAUUAGCUGUCUGUACAGCAAGCAUGAGCAUGGAAAUGCUGGACUGUGAGUCCAGUUAACUUAGCAUUAUAUGGGAUUCUAUUUAAUUGUAAUAAAAUAAAUUAAUCAAAUAGCCAUUUGUAACCAUGAUUGAUUUGGCAACUUGAAUGAAUUUUCUCCUAAUCACAUAAGAAUACAAACUAUGGUUUACUCAUCUUAAAUCUUAAGUGUAAAAUGUAAAGAAUAUGCUGGAAAACAAAUAAGUGUGAGAUAUACUAUGCAUUCACUAAAAAUGACUUUAAAAAUAACUUCAGAUAAACAUUUAGCUGUUUUUAAGGCUUCGUAUUGUGUGCGUUCAACAUUUCCAAGAAUGUGUUAGGAUCGUUGUUGCUCUGCUUUCAGAUAUAUGAAAAUCUUUUCUACUCAUUAGAUUGACAAGUCUUUUCCCAUACAGCCUAUUUGUACUUUUUUUCACUUUGCAGGUUUAUGUUUUACAGUAACCUUUGUCCAGUGUUUCUUAAGUCCACACCUAAGGCACAUUUACUCAGUUAAUCUGUGUGGGUGUUGUCUUUGUUAUCAGGCAACAAAUGAUAACUUUUUCAGCUUCAUGAGUGAAUGAUCAUACCUUUUACUAGUAAUUGGAUCAUGUCCUUGCACUGUUUAAAUUCAAGAUUAGAACAUAGUUAAGAAUUAAGAAAUCUACAACAAUCUCUCACUGACACUGAAACAGAGAAACAUGACACUGAGUUGAUUAUUUUGUAAGAAUAUCUCAAUAAAGACACUGCCUAAAGAAAUUAUGAAUUUAUUGGAAGCCAAAGGGGAGUAUUUUGACCAGAUUACAUUAAUAUUGUCUCACCUGUAAAGUGUCUCUUAUGUCUUUGAUUUGUGUUUUUUUUAUUUUAUGUGUCUGUAAAAACAACAAAACAAAUUUAAUUUUACAGUCUGUCAGCUGUGUCUUCAGCUGUAUUAACUGUGCCUUGAAAUUUUCAGUGCAGUGUGUGUGUUUUUUUUUCCUUGAAUGAUCCACAUUUAUGGAAUGAAGUGGGUAAAUAAAAAAAGUACAUAACAUAAAUAUUAAAUAUAAAUAUACAAUGCUUACAUUGACACUUAAAAUGUGUAGGAUUGUAUGUUCUUCUUGGAAGUGUGUUGAAAGUCCUUUCAGAUUCUUUUGAGACCACAGUCACAGCUGCAAACAGUAAAUUCAGCAGUGCAGCAAAGUUUGACAUGUUCAAAUGUCACCAGAGGGGAGUAAAGCUGUGCUUGUAGCACCCAUCUCCUGGGCAGUGAAGCUUGGUGCUGAAUCUUAAUGUAAAUUAACUAUAAGAUUCUGUUUUUUACAGCACUAGAUUAGACUUAUUGUAUGUAUAUGAAUACAUGUCUUGCACAAAUGGUCUGUAGUCUUUAAUCAAUUCUCCACAGGCUUGUUUGACAAGAAGUUGACUUUUCCUGUGUCACAGUUGGCAAUGCAUAAUAAACCUUUAUCUUGGGCUAAACUUAAAAGGGUAGAGCCUCAUUUUACUGUAUUGCAUCAACACUCAUGAACAAAAGAGAAUUUUCCACAUUAUCUCACUGAUAUUAUCUGAUAAGUGACAGGCUCAUGUGGCCUGAUGUGUAGGACCUCAUUGAAGCUUUCUGUCAUGCCCACUGUGUGGUCUGGUCUGGAGCUGGCCUGCUGUUAUUGCUGAAUUGAGCUGUUGACAUUUCACUGAAUGCUUUAUGACAUGUCUAAUUACAAGAAAGAAACAUGUAAAAGUCUGUCAACACUUUCUAUUUUUGGAGAUAUUUAUUUUUAUUUAUUACUGAAUAAAAUCUCAAUUACCA